GCAAUGCAGAUAUCACCGUCAGCAGCAUCCUCUUUCCUCAGGGAGGGAUGCGUUCGAUGCCUGAGGUCCCAGGGAGUUAAGGUCCUUGGAACACCCUCCGACAUGGCCCGGAUGCUGCUGUUCAUCUUUAUCACCAUUCAUCCAGGAUCUUGUGUUCUCUGGGUGUCCCAGCUCCCUGAAGUCCGUACCCAAGAGGGGUCCCCUGCCUUCCUGCCCUGUUCCUUCAGUGCCAGCCAAGGGAGUUUGGCCAUUGGUUCUGUCACAUGGUACCGGGACAGAGUGGCCCCAGGAAUGGAGGUGAGGAAUGAGACCGCCGAGUUCCAGGGCCGCCUGGCCCCUCUCCCCUCUUCCCGCUUCCUCUGUGACCACCAGGCUGAGCUGCACAUCUGGGACACCUGAGGCCGUGACACCGGAGUCUACGUGUGCAGGGUGGAGGUGCUGGGCCUGGGUGUCGGAACAGGGAAUGGGACCCUGCUGGUGGUGGAGGAAGGAUCUGCUCAGCUAGCGGCUGGCACAGUGCUCCUCCUUCGGGCUGGAUUGUAUGCCUUCAGCUUUCUCUCGGUGUUUAUGGGCAGCAGCAUGUAUUACCAGGGCAAAUGCCACUGUCACAAGGGAACACCCUGUCACUCCUUGGAUGGCCUCUGAUGAGUGAUUCCAGACCCCAGUGAUCCCAAGUUCUUCAAGAGACCCUAAUAAAUUCCUCUCUACCCCA